AGUUUCUCAACCAAGUCAUUCAUUCCAUUGACUCAAUCCACAUGGUGCAGAACCGUGCUCAUUUUCUGCAAUGGCAAAUCCUAGGGUCUUCUUCGACAUGACCAUCGGUGGUGCUUCGGCUGGCCGGAUCGUGAUGGAGCUAUUUGCAGAUACUACGCCACGAACGGCUGAGAAUUUCAGGGCUCUCUGCACUGGAGAGAAAGGGAUUGGACGCAGCCGCAAGGCGUUGCACUACAAGGGAUCUAGUUUCCACCGAGUGAUCCCUGGAUUCAUGUGCCAGGGAGGCGAUUUCACUGCCGGAAACGGAACGGAAGGGGAAUCUAUCUACGGAGCAAAGUUCGCCGAUGAGAAUUUCAUUAAGAAGCACGCGGGACCAGGGAUCUUGUCGAUGGCUAAUGCAGGGCCUGGGACGAAUGGUUCGCAGUUUUUUAUAUGCACGGCAAAGACAGAGUGGCUGGACGGAAAGCACGUGGUGUUUGGGAGAGUGGUGGAAGGGAUGGAUGUAGUGAAGUCCAUUGAGAAGGCUGGAUCUUCCUCUGGAAGGACCUCGAAGCCCGUUGUUAUUAGUGAUUGUGGGCAGCUUGCUUGAAUCAAGCUCUUGUGUUGCUCUUUCUGUUAGCCUUUGGGCCUGUUACUACUGCCUAACUGCAAGCUGCAGACUGCAGUUCAUCUUUUCUCGUGUAUUUCACUAUUUCAGUAUUUCCCUUGCUUCUUCUGUUUAAAUUGAUAAUAAAAAAAUUUUAAAAAAAUAUUGCUA